UUAAGUUACUAAUUGUCCAGCAAAGAGAAGUCUCACCAUCUUACUUGGACAGGAAGCACGGGGAUAACACUGACAUCCAGGAUUCUACCACGGGUGUAUGUACUCUGGAUUUGUUUGGGGACUUAAGAGCCUAGAUCCUAAUGUGUAAAGGCCAUGGAAGGAAUCAAGACAAUAGGAGCUGUCUAGGUGGGAAAAUUAACUGCAGUAAUUUCUUUUGUGAUGCAAGAACGGUCUACAGAGGAGCUCCACAGGGGCCAACCGUGUGAGAGCAAACUAACUGAGCACACUGAACCACUGGUUAAAAGCAGAAAGACAGUGGUGACAGGAGGUGGAGGUUACCUGGGAUAUAAUCUGGGAUGUGCUCUUCUUAAGUCAGGCGUUGCCGUUGUUCUGUUUGAUGUACGGAAACCUAAGUGGGAAAUUCCAAAUGGAGCAGAUUUUUUCAAGGGUGAUGUGAGGGAUUAUGAUGCAGUGUUCAAAGCAUGUGAAGGGGCCGACUGUGUUUUUCAUGUGGCUGCUUGUGGAAUGUCAGGAUUAGAACAACUUCAAAAGAAAGAACAGAUUGAAUCCAUAAAUGUCGGUGGCACAAAAAUAAUAAUUGAUGUCUGCAAACAAAGAAAUAUCCCUAGACUGAUAUAUACCAGUACGGUGAAUGUGGUAUUUGGAGGGAAUACUAUUGAAGAAGGAGAUGAAGAAACUGUGCCAUAUUUUCCACUGGAAAAGCAUUUUAAUCAUUAUUCUAGAACGAAGGCAAUUGCAGACCAAAUGGUUCUUGCUGCUAAUGGAACCUUGCUCAAAGGAGGUGAUAAGCUCCAUACUUGUGUGCUUCGUCCACCAGGCAUAUAUGGACCAGAAGAACAGCGCCACCUGCCACGAGUAGCUAUAAAUAUCCAGCGGAGACUAUUUAACUUCAAGUUUGGGAAUCACAAAGUUCAGAUGAACUGGGUUCACAUAGGAAACCUAGUACAAGCUCACUUACUAGCUGCUGAGGCUCUCACCUCCGAGAAGGGUUAUGUAGCAAGUGGACAGGCAUAUUACAUACACGAUGGCGAAAAUGUCAUAUUUUCCGAAUGGAUAGUCCCUUUAUUUGAAAAAUUAGGCUAUAGGAAACCCUGGAUACAUAUUCCUGUUCUCCUGGUUCACAUAGCAGCCACUGUGAUGGAGUAUCUGCACCUGGCACUAAAGCCAGUUUUUAUCUUUACACCUUUCUUGACAAGGAAUGAGGUGUGGAACGUUACCGUAACUCACACUUUCCGAAUAGAUAAAGCACGAAAUCAACUUGGUUACAAACCAAAGAAAUUCUCAUUAGCUGAUUCUGUGGAUCAUUAUCUUAAAACAAGACCUAUUUGCCAAGAAGAUCAUACAUUCCUUAAAAUGUUGUUUGCUUUUGGGCUUUUAUUAAGUUUGAUGAUUCUUUAUUUCUUCUAAAACCAAAUAGCUACCCACCUGUUCCAGAAAAACUGAUUUUGUUUCUGAGUAUUAAUGAUCUCGUCAUAGUAUAUUCCUCAGUCACUAUGGAAUUUAUUGUUCUUAUUCCUUAUUCUUAUCACUGUGAUGACUUCUCUCUGAUCUUAAAAACAAACAAACAAACAAAAGUGAAAAUGCAAAGCACAUCAAGAAAUGUUCUCAUAGGACAAAAGCAAAGGAGUGUCACAAAAUCAAAGGAGUUCACCACCAACAGGUGCAGGAAGAGAUUUAAUGAAUCUUUGUUAAUGGAUUACUUCAUACUGAGAAUAUCUUUCUAAAAAUGAUAAUCCAGGAGCAUA